AUGACUCUUGGGGUUUGGAACCAACUCCUCGAAAUAUGGGAUUCAGAUGAUGCGCAGGAACGUGCACGAAUCGCUUCAAGCAACCGAAAAUCUCGAUCUACAUCGGAUCGCGCUCCUCUAACUCAUACUGCUGGUCGGAGGUCUUUUGCCCGAGUGGCAUAUGAUAUAGCGCAGAAGGAAGGUGUUCAACCUUCUAUUCUGCGCGUUUUUCAGGAUACGCAUCGUCGUGCCGAUGGGACAUAUGUCGAUGAUCGGGCUCAAGAGAUUGAAGAUGCGGUUGUUCAACCAGAUGCUCGGGGGCGAAUCUAUGGUGUUGGCACGAUGGCGAGUCAGUUGGGAGCCGGUGAUCCCAGUCCAUCGUCUAUUACUCGCAACGUGGCACUUACGAAGGAUGUGGAAGAGCUUCGGCGCAAUCAAGCAGAUAUGCAAGCUAAGAUUGCGCGGUUUGAAGAAAUGCUUCAGAGAUUUAUGCCGGCAGACCGUGAUUCUCGAGCUGAUUCAGCUCAAAGCUCGGGUAAUCAGAGGUCUGAAGAGAUGCUUCAACCCCCGCUUCAUCCCCAACCGAACGACCUCGAUCACGUGGUUGCUUCACCCGAUCCGGAUACAAAUCAAUUUCUAAUUUAG